GAGAGGAGGAUGAAGCUAUUUCUGAUUGGAUUUAUUAUUUGGAUUGUUUUCAGUGCUUCUGAAAGCUCUGAAUAUGGAGUCUGUGGAGACAGACCCCUAGUGAAGGAUUUCCGUGGCUCCCGCGUGGUUGGGGGAAAGGAUGUGGAGCCCGGUGAAUGGCCCUGGACAGUGAGCAUCCAGAGGAAAAGCAACGGCAGAUAUUUCCAUCUAUGUGGCGGUGUCGUCCUGAAUGCUUUGUGGGUUCUGACAGCUGCCCAUUGCUUUAAGGAUCUCGGCAAUGACUAUUUCUCCUGGAGAGUUGUGUUUGGGAUGAACCAACUAACACAGAUGGGGAAAAAGGCUCAGAUCCGGACUAUAAAACAAAAGAUUCGGCAUGAGAACUACGAUCCUAAAAAAGAACGCAAUGACAUCGCCCUGCUCAAGUUGAAUAAGCAGAUCAAAUAUAAUGAUUACAUUCAGCCAGCGUGUCUCCCUGCCAAAGAAGCGAUUCUGAGUAAAAUGGAUGACUGCUUCAUCGCAGGCUGGGGUGUCCUCAAACACAGAUGUAAGCACAGCUUUAACUACAGUUUUUUUGGUGACAGUGGAGGGCCUCUGAUGUGCAAAGGACACAAAGCCAAGUUUUACAUGGUGGUCGGCAUCACCAGCUGGGGUCACGGCUGUGCCCGGAAGCAAAAACCUGGAGUUUACACCUCGACCCAGUUCUACCUCGAGUGGAUCUUUCAACAUCUCACCCAGGAGAAGAAACCUGGUUAAAAUUAGCCAAAAGACUUGGCAAAGCUGGCAUGAAGACCCAUUGAUUCUAGGGUGCUCCAGAAAUCAAAGAAUCCAUCGCAUCUGGGCCAUCUCCUUACGGGAGAGAAUAAGAACAUGUCAGCAAUAUUUAGGCUUGAUUCUGUAGAUUAGUGAACCAA